AUGUACCCCAGCAUCGACCUUGAAGACGCCUUUCUUCGUAUCCGCAACUUCUUGACAACUUCCCCUCUCUGUGACAACGUCUCAGCCGACCCAAUUCUGGUUGCCCUUGAAAUAAUCAUGAAAAGGAACUGUUUCCGCUUUGGAGACACCUACUGGCUCCAAACAGACGGAACUGCAAUGGGCACACCACCUGCACCCUCCUUUGCCAUGUUGUACUAUGGUAUUUUUGAGAUUGAUCUACUUCAAUCUUUUGGAUCAUCUCUACACUACCUCCGCCGAUACAUUGACGACCAAUUUGGCAUUUGGAUUCACCACCCAGAUCCAGCCGUGGAUCGCCAACGAUGGGACGAAUUUAAAGAAUGUCAAGGCAACUUUUGCACUCUCAAUUGGGACUUUUCUACCCUUCUGAAGACUGUCAACUUCCUUGACCUUACUCUUACUGUUGAACCCUUUCAUAUUAACACCAAACUAUAUGAAAAACCACUGAACCUCCAUCUCUACAUCCCUCCUAACUCCGCCCGCACCUCUUCGGUGCGACUCAGGCUUGUCACUGGAGGAAUCUUUCGCAUUUUGCAACUCACUUCCAGAGACAUUGACAAGAAACAAUCUCUUGCUAAGUUCCAUUCUCACCUCUUUGCAAGAGGCUACAAACUGAAGUUCCUUAACUCUGCCUUUGAGACAGCCCUUCAACAGUUCUCUAAGCCCCGCAAAGAACCUGUCACCCCUUCUUCAACGGACCAUCUCUGCUUCCUACACCUUCCAUUCCACUCGCGCGACCCAUCUCAAAAAACCAUUCAAGACGCCUUCCAUACACAAGUCCUUCGCCCUAUCUCUCGGUCAAAGACCUUUGGCAGAGCGUGCAAUUUUGAAUUGAGUCGCCUCAGCACCGACCGCGUGACAUGGGAAGGCCUCUUCAUCCAAACGCCCCUCCCACUUGUACCAAAGACUGAAUUUGAAGAUUACCUGUACAACAUAUGGAAUCCUCACAAUCGCAACCGGAAUGGCCUCAUUGUUGCAUACAGCAGACCACCCAACUUGAAGAACUUACUCUUCCCACGUCAUGUCGAAUCAAAAUGUCUUACUGCCCGAACAGUUUCAACCAUCCAAGAUGAACUCUUGGAUCAUACGCCAAGUACAGAGCCAAACUGA